GAAAACGUCUACUUAACCUUCUUCGUUUCCUCUGCUAAAAUCGCAAGUGGAAUGAAGUCUCUCCAAUAACGGAUCGAUGGAAAAUCAAUUAAUGUUAUGCAAACAAACCCAAACAUUAAUCAUUUCAAACCAUUUGUAUGUCGGAAAUCUGUGCUUUAGAUGCUAGCAAUUAGUUCAAUGUUAUAGAAAUGUGAAAACAUACGAAGUGAAAAAAAGCUAUUGCUAUCGAGUAAUAUGUCGUAAACGUUUUCCACUGGAAAUGGAAAUAUUGCACUUGCAAAAUGAACCAAUGUCCAUCGAAAGAUCUACAAAUAUUUGGUGAUGUUCGCUUUGCUAAACGAAAAGUUGAUUCUAUUGUGACAGCAAGCCACGUAUUUAAAGUUAUUACAAUAUGAGACCACAAUUCGAGUACCAUCUGGUUUAACUAUGCUGUCCUAGCGGGAGGAAAAAAGAAAAUAUGGAUAACAUCGCUACAAGAAGUGUCAGUAGCUCGAUGCGAAGUGCUAUUUCCGCCAACAAUUAUAAGAAUCAUGCAUUAGGGAAACAGCUCAAAACAUUGGAAGCGGAGAGGGAUAUGAAACUAUUAUCGAUUCAGGUGAAAAAAGACGAUGUCAAGUUUUCGACUUCGCCGAAAAUGAAGGUGAAAAAGCUCAAAAGUCUUCCAGCGAACACGAGUUUCGGCGGACAGGAAUCGGUAGUGGAGAUUGAAAGUGAGGAGCGACUUCGACGUGUUGCAAGCGCAAAUCACGCUCUACCGAGCCUAGCAACCUCAACUCCCCCGCGAACGCGGAGAGCAACGCUCGCAACUCAGCCACAAAAACCGCAUUCUCCUUCACUACCAAGAAGACUACUCCACUCCGCCUCUAGUGCAAGCCUUUGGGAAACAAUUGAACUAAGCCUAGCGGACCGAGAAAGCCAGAUAAAAUCACCAGCUUCACCACGCUUACUGAACCGGCGGCCAAUAACACCAACACUCACUGCGAAACUGUGCUCAGCGGCCUGGACAUGUCCUGACCAGGUCUCAAGCACGACACCCCAGGAAGUCACAGCGCAUAGGGGACUUGCUAUCAGACCGCUCUCACGAAAUUCACCACAAAAUACCAGCGGCAAAGAAAAACGCAAGCAGUCUACUGCUGUAUUCUCACGCCUCUACCAAGCGCCGGAACCGCGCAAGCGAAUACUGGAAACUGGUGGCUUUGCACACAAGUCCACCGACCUGCCGCUGCCACCAACAUCAUACCGACUGGAACGCCGUAGGAGGUCGGUGAGUUUGCCGGACUUGUCCGACAUGUUGGACAAUCUUCGCGAGUGUCGCUACCUCAGAAAAAGUGUCGAUGGCGACGAUGACGAUGUGUUUUUAAACGAGAAGAAAUAAAAAACCUUUGUUCUGCGCGUUGGCUUCUUGAGCGAAAUUUGAUUUUGAACUUUGGACAAGAAGAACUUUUUUUUACCACCGGAAUAGCCAUGCAGUAUUAUAAGAGUCGAGUUUUAGUUUUUAAUGCAUAGAAGUUCCUUCUGUUUAAGAUGUUUGAUUUAUUAAAAUAAAUUGGGUAUAAAAGCCA